CGCAACCCGGAAGUAGUUCCUCUUGGGUCUCUGACACGUCGCUUCCCCGAGAGCGGGAUAAAGCGGGGAGGAAGAAGGGGUCGCUCCCGACGGCGCGAGGAGGGCAGAUAGCAAUGUCUGGAUUUGAUAAUUUAAAUACAGAUUUCUAUCAGACAAGUUACAGUAUUGAUGAUCAAGCACAACAAUAUGGAGGAGAUGCUGGAGGAGGAGCAGCAUAUAGCAAGCAGUACAGUGGCUAUGAAUAUUCUCAACAAGGUGGAUAUGUCCCUCCAGAGAUGAUGCAACCUCAGCAGCCAUACACUGGUCAAAUUCUUCAUCCAGCACCAGCAUACCCCGCAUCUUCAUCACAAUCUUUCUAUGGAAGCAAUUUUGAGGAUGAACCUCCGUUACUAGAAGAACUAGGAAUAAAUUUUGACCAUAUCUGGCAGAAGACUCUAACAGUACUGCAUCCAUUAAAAGCUGCAGAUGGCAACAUUAUGAAUGAAACUGAUCUGGCAGGACCUAUGGUCUUCUGCCUAGCCUUUGGAGCCACUUUAUUGUUGGCUGGAAAAAUUCAGUUUGGCUAUGUAUAUGGAAUUAGUGCAAUAGGGUGUCUAGGAAUGUUCUGUCUCCUGAAUCUAAUGAGUAUGACAGGUGUCUCAUUCGGUUGUGUUGCAAGUGUCUUAGGAUAUUGUCUUCUUCCUAUGAUCAUACUUUCAAGCUUUGCAGCUGUAUUUUCCUUACAAGGCAUGAUGGGAAUUAUUCUUGCUGCUGGAAUUAUUGGAUGGUGUAGUUUUUCGGCCUCCAAGCUCUUCAUUUCAGCCUUAGCAAUGGAAAGACAACAACUUCUAGUAGCAUAUCCCUGUGCUUUAUUAUAUGGAGUCUUCGCCCUCAUUUCUGUGUUUUGAGCUGACUGUCUUAAUUACUGGACUUAAAUGAGCCGAACUGAAAGCUUUUACUUGGGAUGCUUAAACUGGGACCAGAAAUCAACUGUUGGGCUGCUGUCUUUAAAGAUUAAUAUUUGAAUUAUUGUCUGGAGCAACAAUAACAAAGUGUUCUUUUUGUGUUUCUUUUUAUAGGACUCUUAAAUACAUUUUUACAUUGACCUAUAAAGGCUUCAGCUUUCAAACAAGCUAAUUAUGCUGUUUAAAAUGUAAAACUCUUCAGUCCUAUAACCUGCAAAACAUUAUUUUUUGAAAAUUUUUGUAGUUCAGAAAUUUUUAUUGACAAAAGAAAGUGAAAUCAUUAACAUGUUUUCCCACAGUAAUAUACAGCAACAAAUUUAAAUGACAAACAUUUCCCAUUUUAUCAACUUAGCAAAGUAAGAACAUUUCUUACAAUAACAUUUAAUCUGAAAGCAAACACAAAAUGGAUCCCAUAUAUAAUUUUUCAGCUUUUUUAUUAUCCUCCAGUUCUUUUUCUUUACAAUCUAAACAUCUGUCCAGGCUCAAAGUUAUUGUGUUUAUUUCAUUUUAUAUAUACAGUACUUUGUAAAUAGUUCUGUCAUCUUAUAUACCUGUGGGAGAGUGCUUUUUAUGCUAAACUUGAGAAUUCCAGUAGUUCACCUAAAGAUUGUUUUAGAAAAUAGCUUUGACAAGUAUCAGUAUUGCAGUCUAGUAUAGAACACACAGAUUAAAUUUUCUCAAAAUGUUCUUACAACAUUUUUCCUUUUAGUAAUUUCCUUUACUGUAAUAUUGUCCACUACAAAAUUGCUUAGGUAUUUAUUUGAAUAAAAAUUUAUUCCCACUGAGCCAACAUUGUUUAAAUUAUGAUGUAGUACAAUCCAUCUUAAAUUUAAGCAGCUGUAACAACUGCAGUAUCAUGGUCAUCAAGAAAUAUUGUGUUUGGAUUCCAGCCAUAAUGACAAAAACAAGAUUUAAUUGACAUGGAAACCUUGUACACCAUUAAAAAAUGUGACAAUGACUUAUUUUAAUGUUAGGGAAUAACAAAGUGAAAUGGCUAACAUAUGUUCUUUGCAAGCUUAUUACAAGAGUAGAUUUUUUAAAGUAUCUCAUUGAGCAAUGCUGGUGAACAAAUACAGCUUUCUUUGGUUCUUCCAACCGCCCCCAUCCCCACCCCUGAGCUACUGCAGAGCUCUUCAUACGCUGUUUUCACACAUGAGUUGUUGACUUACCUAUUAAAUGCUUAUAAGAAAUUCAGACUUCUUUACACAGUCAGAUUUCUGAUAUUUGUAUUAUAAACUACAUUCCAGAUUUUGGCAUUUCCCCCCCUAUGAUAUUUAAUUCAUAUGAUUUCACAUGCAAAUGAACUAUCCUGCUGCCCCAAUGGUUGGACCUUUCGUACCAUGAGAAACAGCUUUGUUGGGCUUUGCUAUAUAAAAGCAAUGUUGGCAA